GCCGUAUCUUUGCAUGGUUUGUCAUUCUAGGAUUGAACUUCGAACCGGUAACAUCUAGUGCGAAUCCGGUUCAAUCGCGCGGUGAGUAGUGAAAGUGUAUUCGUUUCGUUCUAUAUCCACAACAUUGCAUACUUUUUAUAGUGGAAGGUGUGUAGGAGUCACAUACGUAAGCCAGUCAACGGGCACAGGUGUGUCAUUGCACAAGAUUAUUGGCUGAAAGAAUAAAAGUGCUGAUUACUCGCGCGAGUGAUUCAUUUGUAACGUGAGUGUUGUUUUGAAAGGUGGAAGAAAAACAAGGACAGGAGCGGCCAAAACCGGAGUGAAAUUUCGAUAAGAAGUUGCGGAAAAUCGUAGUGAAAAGAAAACAACAGUGUGAAAGAAGAAUAAGAAAAGCAAACUGUCAGAUUUCGAAAAAAAAGGAAAAACAAGAAGAAAAAUAAAACGAAAACGACACGAGUCGGCAUCGGAGUGACAGUUGCGCAAAACAACAGAGUGCGAGUCGACAUUCGUUCGGUCGACCAGUCUACUUCGGUCCGCGAACGAGCGAGCGAAACGUCCAUCCAUCCGUCAUCGAUUUUCCACAAACGCCGCGGCCAUUUUGUUAGAAGUGUGCUCGGAUUCGGAAGUUCGGACUCGUCGGCAGUGAUUUUGUUCGGUUUUCUGUGCGAAUCCGGUUUGUGACCCGUACCGGAACACGGUCCGUCGUGCGCGUCGAGUGUGGAUGCCUGUUUGCCGUCCGCGAGUGUGAGCGUUUGGUUGGGAAAGGCCGCAGCAGAAUUUCGGCAGCAGCAAACCUCUGGCACCGAUCCGCCGUCAGCAGUAGAGCAGAGCGGAGGAGAAAAAAUAAGGAUGGAGGACAAGGCGACACUCAAAGAUUUGGACCAGUGGAUCGAACAAUUGAACGAGUGCAAACAAUUGACCGAAACCCAAGUGAAAACCCUGUGUGAUAAGGCGAAGGAAAUUUUGGCAAAGGAGUCAAAUGUGCAGGAGGUAAAAUGUCCGGUGACAGUGUGUGGCGAUGUGCACGGUCAGUUCCACGACCUGAUGGAGCUCUUCCGGAUAGGCGGACGAUCGCCGGACACGAAUUAUCUGUUCAUGGGUGAUUACGUUGAUCGUGGCUACUACUCAGUCGAAACAGUGACGCUACUGGUGGCGCUAAAGGUUCGAUACCGUGAGAGAAUCACAAUCCUGCGCGGCAAUCACGAGUCCCGCCAGAUCACACAGGUGUACGGCUUCUACGACGAGUGCUUGCGGAAGUACGGCAACCCGAACGUUUGGAAGUAUUUCACCGACCUGUUCGACUAUCUCCCGCUGACGGCCCUGGUCGACGGUCAAAUCUUCUGUUUGCAUGGCGGUCUCAGUCCCUCGAUCGACACGCUGGACCACAUCCGGGCGUUGGACAGAUUGCAGGAAGUACCACACGAGGGACCCAUGUGUGAUCUCCUCUGGUCCGAUCCGGAUGACCGAGGCGGCUGGGGCAUAUCGCCACGAGGUGCUGGUUACACCUUCGGCCAGGACAUUUCGGAACUAUUCAAUCACUCAAACGGUCUGACGUUAGUAUCUCGGGCGCAUCAGCUGGUCAUGGAGGGCUACAACUGGUGCCACGAUCGUAAUGUGGUUACAAUAUUCUCUGCACCAAACUACUGUUAUCGAUGCGGUAACCAGGCAGCAUUAAUGGAAUUAGACGAUUCUUUGAAGUUUUCAUUCCUACAGUUUGAUCCAGCUCCACGUCGCGGCGAGCCACACGUGACCAGAAGAACACCGGACUAUUUCCUUUAAGAAUAUCAUUAUAACGAAUAUUGUAAUACACACUACAAAUUAAACAAAAAAAUAAUAUACCUAAUAAUAAAAAAUAUAAAUAAUAAUUAUAAGCAUAUAUUAUUAUUUAAUACAAAAAAAAGGAUAAAAUUCGUAAAAAAGUUUGUUAGAGACUUGCAAGGAAAAAAAGGUAAAUGAGACGCGUAAACCGUAUUACACGAAUGAACUUACUUAGAUAAAAAGAGAAAGAGAGAGAAAAAAACGGAGUAAAAAACACUGCAAGUUUAAAAAUUGAGCAACAGACAAAAACUAAGCCUGAAAGUAAUUUCACCUCACAUUUGCUACUCACAAGCUAGGAUUCAGAGAAAAAACCAACACAGACACACAAAUAGAAACAUUCAUUCUCGUGGAGAAAACUAGAUUACAAACUCAUAAGGAGAAAGUGCGAAAACGAGGAAACAUAAGUGCAUAUACUCAUUCACAGAACGUCAAUCCACACGCAUUACAUAGAACAAAGAGCAAAAGAAGCUUAGGUACAUUCGCCGUUCCCCCUUAUUCCUGUUCCCUUCCUCCCGCAAUUAGAUCAUUCUGUCCUUUUGCCAUAAUAAUGAUAUAUAGCUAGCAAUUCGCGUUAUAGACUCAUCAAUCGCGUGGAAUCAUUUUUCCUGUCCCCACCCUUUUUUUUGUUUGUACCCUACAACAACACCUGCUGAAACAGAAGAAAACAAAAACUGUUAAUCCGUUUGAACACACUGUGAAGCGUAAAGCAUGGAAAUCCGCAACGGAGGAGUAGAGAGAGAGAUACAGGACGACGAGGAUAUAGGCAUCUUUUUUUCAUUCGGAACAAACGCUUUAUGUCACAAUUAUUGUUCAAUGCAGAUGCGAGAUAAUAAAGUGUAUAAAAUUUGGAA